AUGGGCGGGUCUCCGAAAGACGUCCUUGCCAUCGAGGCAAAGCCCUAUCCUUUCACCUUUCCCUUACAGAGCACGGCACUACUCGUCAUCGACAUGCAACGCGACUUCAUUUGCUCAGGAGGCUUUGGUGAAAUUCAAGGCGGGAGCCUGGAAGCCGUGCAGGCCUCGAUAGCCCCUACCAAGGCACUGCUCCAGGCUUGUCGACAUGCAGGAAUGCAUAUUUUCCAUACGAGAGAAGGCCACGUUCCUUCACUGGCAGAUUGUCCAUCAUCAAAGCUCAUUCGACAAGCUGCUGCGCCAGGCAAUUCUCAGCAUCUGAAGGUCAUUGGCGACAAGGGCGAAAUGGGCAGAUUGCUGGUGCGUGGAGAAUUUGGGCACGACAUUGUCGGCGAACUCCAGCCUUUGCCAUCCGAAGUUGUGAUUGAUAAGCCUGGAAAAGGCUCCUUCUGGAAUACACCAUUGCUGCACAAGCUCAAAAGUUCAGGCAUCACUCACCUUCUCGUCUCAGGAGUAACGACCGAAUGCUGCUUCUCGACGACAAUACGAGAGGCGAAUGACAGAGGCUUCGAAUGCUGCGGGAUUCGCGAAAGCACAGCAGGCUAUAAUGCAGCUUACAAGACCGCCUCGCUCGACAUGAUACACUGGUCGCAAGGACUCUUUGGCUUUGUUGCAGAUCUGCAACCGGUCCUUGACGCACUGUCCCCGUGGCAGAAGUCGAGUCCUGAGGUGAGUACACCGCCACAAACACCACCAGCCUGGGAUGGAAACCUGGGCAUCUCCGAUCUGCUGGCUUCAUACAAGCAAGGGCUCUCCCCAGUGGUAAUGGUCAACGAGCUGUUCGACCGCAUUGAGAAGUACGAUGCAAUUGAUCCAGCCGUGUGGAUCAAACGACAGUCACGAGAAGAGGUUCUGAACAAUGUGACCCACUUACUGGAGCGCUUCCCGGACAGGAAUGCGCUACCGCCAUUGUUUGGUGUUCCCUUCACGGUUAAGGAUUCCAUAGACAUACAAGGGAUCGAGACGACGACGGCCUGUCCGCCCCUGGCAUUUGUGGCCUCGAAGUCGGCAGUCUGCUACCAAAAAGUGAUUGACGCUGGCGCCAUCUACCUCGGAAAGGUCAAUCUAGACCAGUUGGCCACUGGAUUGAGCGGCUGUCGGUCACCGUACGGAAUCACUCACGCCGUAGCCAGCAAAGAUCAUGUUUCAGGGGGCUCGAGUUCCGGAAGUGCCGUUUCUGUUGGAGCAGAUUUGGCCACGUUCUCCCUUGCCACAGAUACAGCCGGGAGCGGGCGAGUUCCUGCAGGGUUCAACAACGUCGUGGGCUUCAAGCCGACCCGGGGCCUGAUCUCGUUCCAGGGCGUUACGCCUGCAUGCUUGUCCCUCGACUGCAUUGCUCUGAUUGCAAAAACUGUUGAGGAUGCCAGAAUUGUAGGGCAAGUGUGUGAAGGAUUUGAUCCCAAUGACCGAUAUGCAAGGGAUACUUUCCCCCUACCACGACACGUCAAUUCUAUCGGUCCUCAAAGAGACGCAUUCCAUUUCGGCAUUCCUCCUCCAGAGGUGCUCGAAAUUUGUUCACCGACUUACCGGAAAUUGUUCAAUGAAGCAGUCCAGCAAUUGCAGGGCCUUGGUGGCGUUCUCACCUCAGUGAACUGGGACCCGUUCAAAAAAGCGGGAGAUUUGCUGUACGAGGGCACGUUUGUGUCCGAGAGGCUGGCAAGCUUACCAGAUGAUUUCCUGGAGAAGAACGCCCAGUAUCUUCAUCCAGUCAUCCUGGAGCUAUUCGAGAAGGUUGUGGCACGCCAAAGCACUGCAGUGCAACUAUUCCGUGAACUUCAGAGGAAGGCUAUUGUCACGCGACAAAGCACAAAUCAGUUCGCUUCAGCUGACCGGUUUGGUGUUGAUGUUCUCGUCGUACCAACAGCGCCCGAGCAUCCAACCAUCGAAGCCAUGCUCGCCGACCCGAUCAACCUGAACGCGAAAUUGGGCACCUUUACACAUUUUGCCAACGUCCUCGACCUCUGCGGCGUGGCAGUGCCCUCAGGCUCAUACUUCGCAGAUGACAAGGCUGCAAGUCCAAGAAAAUUGCCUUUCAGCAUCACUUUUCUUGGCUGCCGCUGCUCCGACAGCGAGAUGUUGUCCGUGGCUUCCCGGUACCAGGAACGUCAUGGCGCAUGA